AUGGUUAAUUUCACAAAGAAACAAUGGUCUACGUUGAUAGUUAUAGGCAUAGCGGAUUUUUGUAAUGCUAUUUGUGUCUCAUUACAAGCGCCGUUUUAUCCGCAAGUGGCCGAGAGUAAAAAAUGCACAGCAACAGAAUACGGAUUAGUAUUUGGAGUUUUUGAAUUUGUCGUUUUUUUGGUGAGUCCAUUUUUUGGACGACACAUAAAUAAAAUCGGACCGAAGCGAAUGUUUAUUGCAGGGUUAUAUACUAUUGGUAUUUGUGCCAUUCUUUUUGGUACUUUGGAUAAAAUCGAAAACAGAUAUUAUUUUAUUAUAUCGAGUUUUUUAAUAAGGAUAGCAGAAGCUGUGGGUAAUGCAGCUUUUUUGACAGCUAGUUUCGCUAUAAUAGCCAUAGAAUUCCCGGAACAUAUAGCCACAACGUUCGCUUGUUUGGAAACGUUUUUCGGAUUGGGAUUAAUAGUCGGACCUACGGUAGGUGGAGCCCUAUAUCAAGCUGGUGGUUACACUCUACCAUUUGCUGUAAUGGGAUCUUCGCUAUGUUUAGCAUCCUUUUUUACCACAUUCGUAUUAUCUAUUAAUCUUGAUCAUUGCGAUGGAAUAGUGUCCGAAAGAUCGAUACUGACAGUCUUAAAAAUUCCCAGCGUGUUUUUAGCAAUAAUUAGCGUGAUAGUAACGAGUAUGUCUAUCGGUUUUUUGCAGGCAACUUUAGAACCUCAUUUACGCGAUUUUCAUUUAACCCCCGUAGUUGUCGGUUUAAUGUUUGUCAUCAAUGGAGGUAUUUAUGCUAUAACGACACCCGUAUUCGGUUUUUUCUGCGAUAAAUUACUAAUUCAUCCAAAAAAAAUUACAAUUUUAGGAUGCGCAUUUGUAGCAAUCGGAUUUACAUUGAUCGGUCCAUUGCCAAUAAUACCUCUUAAAAAGAGUAUUGGAUUGAUCAUAGGAGGAUUAAUACUACACGGAUUUGGUAUGGGUGCUCAACUGGUUGCUUCUUUUUCAGAUGCGUUGAGAACGAGCGUUGCACACGGUUUUCCUGAUAACGUAGAUACAUAUGGUCUAAUAUCCGGACUUUGGACGAGUAGUUUCGCUCUCGGAGCUUCUAUAGGUCCAUCGAUAAGUGGUAUUCUUUAUGAUAUUAUCAAUUUUUCCAACGCUUCCAUAUUCGUAAUAAUAGUACAUAUCUUCGUUGGAAUUAUUGUAUUUCUCUAUUUGUGUUACGUCAAACCGCGAGCCAAAUAUAUCGAGAUCAGGGACGAUAUACACCACGUAGAUAAAGAGAGUUAUAACUCACUUUCUAGACUAAACAGUAUCACUGAAAGUAUGCAAAGCGGUCACACCGUUAUCAAUGGCAUUUCUAUAGAAAAAAGCAGACCGCCAGCGAUGAAUGGUUUGAUAGCUUGCAAUAGUUAUUUCGCCAAGUUUGGCAAAGUCACAGAUAUACUUUCAAUUUAAAUUUCGCAUUUUGUAGUAGUUAUACUACCAAUACCCGAUUCUCAUUAAAUAAAUGAACGAAAAUAUAUGGUUUUUUUGUCGAAUUAUUAUAUUACAACUGUUUUAUUUUUGUGCUUUA